GGCGAUGGCUCACACCGUCACGUCCCAGCACAGCUCGGUCAAUGUGGAGGGCCUGCGGGCGGCCACGCCCUACGUGGUGCAGGUCAGGGCCCGCACCGUGGCCGGGUACGGUCGCUACAGCAACCCCAUGGACUUCAGCACCAACCUGCACAGUGACCCCCAGAAGUCGGUGCAGGACCAGCUGACUCUCAUCAUAGGCUCAGUCUUGGCCGGUCUGGUGGUCGUCGUUGCCUUGGUGGUUAUCGCUGUUGUCUGCCUUAAGAAGCAGCGCAGCGGGUCGGAGCUGGAGUACACCGAGAAACUGCAGCAGUACAUUUCUCCAGGGGUCAAGGUGUACAUUGACCCCUUCACCUAUGAGGACCCCAACGAUGCGGUUCACGAGUUUGCCAAAGAGAUAGACAUCUCUUGUGUGAAAAUCGAAGAAGUAAUUGGUGCAGGUGAAUUUGGCGAAGUGUGCCGCGGCCGCCUCAAGCAGGCCGGCCGCCGGGAGAUGGUGGUGGCGAUCAAGACUCUCAAGGCGGGCUACACCGAGCGCCAGAGGCGAGACUUCCUCGCCGAGGCCUCCAUCAUGGGUCAGUUCGACCACCCCAACGUAAUUCGGCUGGAGGGUGUCCUGACACGGAGCUGCCCUGUCCUCAUCAUCACUGAAUUUAUGGAAAACGGCGCGCUGGAUUCCUUCCUGAGGCUCAACGACGGGCGCUUCACCAUGACGCAGCUGGUCGGGAUGCUGCGCGGCAUCGCCGCCGGGAUGAAGUACCUGUCAGACAUGAACUACGUGCACCGAGACCUCGCCGCACGGAACAUCCUGGUCAACAGCAACCUGGUCUGCAAGGUCUCCGACUUUGGCCUCUCACGUUUCCUGGACGACACGUCUGCUGACCCCACGUACACGAGCUCCCUGGGAGGAAAGAUUCCCAUUCGGUGGACGGCGCCAGAAGCCAUCGCCUUCAGGAAGUUCACCUCGGCCAGCGACGUGUGGAGCUACGGCAUCGUCAUGUGGGAGGUGGUGUCCUACGGAGAGAGGCCUUACUGGGACAUGAGCAACCAGGACGUAAUGACGGCAGUAGAGCAGGACUACCGGCUGCCCCCACCCAUGGACUGUCCCAUGGUGCUGCACCAGCUCAUGCUGGAGUGCUGGAUGAAGGAGAGAAACCUGAGGCCUAAGUUCUCGCGCAUCGUCAGCACCCUGGACAAGCUGCUCCGCAACGCCGCGAGCCUCAAGGUGGUGACCAGCAGCUACUCAGGGGAUCUGCUGCGGCUGGGAGGAACACUGCCGGGACACAACAGGAAGAGUCCGGAAGACAGUCAGGAAAUCAUCCGGCAACAGAUGAGCCAGACUCUUCCCAUCAGAGUGUGAACUGCUGCAACGCAUACAUUAGGAGAUUAAAGAAAGAAAAAAAAAACUACCUAUGAACUCUGACGAGGAGAAUCUGAUGUACAAAGUCUAAAAAUACAACAACAACAAAAAAAAGAGGGCGGAGAAUAAAAGAUGAAGGCAAUGAAAGCGGACCGGUUCGAAGACUUCCUUCCCACUGGAGAUUUAAUGUCUGUAUAAAGACAACUUCCCAUUGCGGUGUGUGUGUUCAUUACUUGACACUUGUGGAUUUGUGACUGUUGACAUGAAGCCAAACUUCUUAAUGGACCCUCUCAGGUUGUGUUUGCAUGCCUGCAUGUGUUUUUUUAUUUUCCUGUUUCUUUCCGCUGGUUGGGAAUCAGCAUUUCCUGCUUGCCGUCUCACCGAGGAAAGGUGAGCUCGCAAACAAACGUCUAAAUGACGCAACAGUGCCAAGAUGAAGCAAACCCAACCUUCAACACAGCUUGACCUCCGUAUCAAUCUGCUCGACCAUUUGUUUUGUUCUUUCCUUUAUUUCUUUUGUAUGUUUAAUCCCAACCAAAUAGGUUCCUUAAAGUUAAUUUUGGCGAUGAGAAAAAAAAAAAAAAAAGGAACUUUUCAUCCUCUUCCUCUUAAAUACCGUCUUCCACAGAAACGUACUGGGAGAUCCGUGUUUUACGAACCUGUACAAAGCAUCCGAGUCUUCACCCUCUCCCGAACCCCCCGCGUCUCUCCGCGUUGGAGGCGAGACGUAGCUGACACUGUGCGGGACGCGGUCAUGUGCAUGCCAAAGUGGAAACUCCGUCAUGAGAAACGUACUUACCAAGUUCCACAUUCGCUGUUGCUUCGGUGGCAUCUUUUGAAUGCUAAGUUAUUACCUGAUACUGCUAUUUUUUUUUUUUUUUUUUUUUUUUACUUGGGCUUAACUUUUUUAUUACAAAGCUUGUUUUUUUGUUUUUUUUGUUUUCUUCCACAUGGUAAGAAACCAGACAGACGUGAACGAGUGAAUUAAGGAGACGUUUGACUCAGACAGGCUAAUUAUCUUUAAAAUCACUGAGCAGACUGUGUCAGGAUCGAUGUCGGGCUUCUUCCUGCCCCAAGCAGAGCUGCAGAUUUUACUCAGAAAAAAAAAUCGCAGAUUAGCAGGAACGUAAAACUGACUCAGAGGUAGAAAAAAAAACUGCAGAACAAAUCAGCCAUUGUUUCGUUUCUUCCUAAUCAGUGUUUUCCUCGGAGCGCCAGCUGUCAGUGCAGUUUCUAUCUAAACCAACUGCCUGUAUAUAACACCAUGUUUGUAUUAGACCAAACCACUGAGCAGUUACAGCUAUCCGACCUGACUUUGGCCCUUUGCAGGGCCCUCACUUAUCUGCUUGUUAUGUUUUCAUAAAGCAACGGAUGAGGGAAUUUGACGGUCAUUACCAGGGAUGUCCCGAAACCGAUCCGAGUCGUUUCGGAAAACGCCUCAACUGAACGAUUCCUCAUAUUGUUUUAUAAAGUUUUGCACUCGGGAUCGUUUUCAGAAAAGUUUUCAUCCACAUGAACCCACACAAAUCCUCCCUUGAGCGUUUUUGUAAACAUGCCAAACCCAUAGGGGGCAGUGUGGCACAAGGCUAAAACCUAUGCCAGUCAAUCAGAUUGCUUCAAAACAAACAACUUCCUGUCAGGAAUUAAACAUGGCACCAAGAGGCUCAUUUGUGUUGACAGAUAAAAAGGUUUAACUACUUUUAAACAAUGUGUUAGAAUAUAAAGUUAAUUAAACACAAGACAAUGUCGAUUGGGAAUCUUGUCAAAGCGGAUAUGUUGGCACAUUAUUUGUCCCAGACUAAUUUGUGAGUCCCUAAGUCUCUGUUUUCCUUUGUUCACACAUGCAAACACACAGUUUCCUCAAAUCUGCACUUUGAUCAGAGUUUUAUUAAAUAAUUGUUCUUGGUGAUUAAACUGAGUUUUUGUGUGGUUGAAAGGCUAAAACAAAAUUGUACUUUUUUUCCCCCAGAUAUCUGGCUACAUGUGGACUAGACCUAAAUUUAGUGAAUUUUAAUCAAUUUUUGCAUUAAGUCGAUAUAUACUGAAAUUAAAAUAAUAAAUGCUAUAGCUAACGUUGUUGUAACUGUGUAAUGUUACAUUAUUCCGACAGAAGAAGCUGCUUUGAAUAAGGACAUUGUACAUUUCUGCAUCAAUUUUUAGACUUCAUAAAGUUAAAUUACUUUUUAUCCUGAAGUUUAUCAAACUGAAAAUGUCGUCAGAUCCUGCCUAGUGGAAACUUGUGCAGCUUCAUUGUUUCUAUGAUCUGACUCGAAACAAAGAGUUACUUACUAGCCUACUAGCUUAGCAUUAGCAUGCUUACUCUGGUUUAUUAAAAAGAAAGGUUUUUUGAUUAUUUGGCGAGUGUGUUUUACCUCCUCAGUCGGAAUAUCACAGCAGCUCUGAGUGAUAUUUUAUUGCAUUUCUAGUUAACUGGUUGCAGAUAAAACUUGAAAGAAGUCGUUCUCCUGCUUUUGGGACAUUUGGAAACAAUCUAAAUCAUAUGACUAUCAACAUAUGACUGAUAGACCAGGAGCUGCAGCGGCCAAUACAGUCUCUAUCACUGUGAACUUCAUUAGUUGGGGUGAAAAAAA